AUGUAUCUCCGCAGCGACCACGUCGAAACAGACCUCCGCGUCCUGCGGCAGCUGAUCCGCGAGAACCCCCUCGGCCUCUUCACCACGGCCAUCGCCUCCUCGACUUACCCCUUUCUCCAGUCCAGCCACAUCCCCUUCAUCCUCGACAUCGACAAUGAAUCCAGCGAGACAGAGCUCGGCCGGCUAAGGGCACACAUGGCCCGCGCCAACCCGCAGGCCAAGGCCAUCAUCGACGACAUCAAGCAGCGCCAGGCCGCAGGCGACAGCAACCCUACGACUCUACAGCAAGACGUCCUCAUCAUGUUCACCUCCUCCGUCCAGCACUACGUCACGCCCAAGUUCUACACGGCCACCAAGCCGGCGACGGGCAAGGUCGUCCCCACCUGGAACUAUGCCGCCGUCCAGGUAUACGGCAAGGCGACGUUCUACAUCGACACAAACGCAGAGGACACGGCGGACUUUCUCGACUCGCAGAUUGGCGACCUGUCAAGCUUCAACGAGACUUUCACCAUGGGCUACACGGGAGAGGGACCGCGGCCGAAGCCGUGGCAGGUGUCUGACGCGCCGGCUGCGUAUGUGAACCUGAAGAAGAAGGCCAUUGUCGGCUUCGAGGUCAAGAUUGAGAGGAUGGAGGGCAAGUUUAAGAUGGAUCAGGAGAUGGGCGAUGGCGAUGUUGACGGAGUGAUUAAAGGGUUCAGCGAGUUGGGGAGCGAGAUUGGGACGAAGAUGGCGAGUCUCGUGGAGGAGCGGAGGGAGAUGGCAAGGCAAAAGAAGGCGAGCAGGGAGAGCAAGUGA